GAAGGAUCGUUGUCGAAGGAGACGAGCGACAGCGAGAAGGAAAAUACGUUUCACGAACACCUUUUUGUCGGAGUUGUCGGAGGUCUCAGUGAAUUUGCCUCGUUAGUGGAGGAUGAGGGCGAGGAUUGCGCCCGGGAGUACACGGAACGGCGCGUAAGUAGCCUCGCGGGUGAAGGAGGCGCCAGAGCUGCCGGAGAGAAGGACCUCCGGAGGGAAAAGAGUGGGAGGAGGAGGAGGAGGAGGGCGUGAUGAGGCUGCUCCUGGGCCGGGCCGAGCGGAGGGCAAGCAGAGCGCGUGAGGUUACGAGAUAAGCAGUGCUUUCCGCGAUGGCUUUGAGGUUUCUCGGGCUCCUCGCGCUGGCGGCGGCGGGCUCCCUGCUGGCGGCGGCGGUGGAGGACGACGUGGCCGAGUACCCGGGCCUUGCCGAGGAUUAUCCGGAGCCGGUCGAAGUGUACGACUACGAUUACUACGGCGGCGGCGGCAUCCACUACCAGGUGGACGACGACUCCUACGUCCGCGAGGGCAUGGCCAACGCCACCGCCUUCAAGUGCUUCUGCAAGGGCGACCAGGAGUGGGACGGGAGCGCGUGCAGCGACAAGAGCACGAUCGUCGCGGUGAUAAAUAUGCACACGUUCUCGCGGCUGGCGUUUAAUACCACUGACUUCGGGCGCGUGUCCGUGGUGGGCCCCCCGCCGUGCGCCCCGCCGGCGCUGCCGAUGCUGCUCGACUCCAGAGAUGGAUUUGAAUUCUCGCUAAUGGUCAAUGGCAGUCUGUUCUGGAACAGCAUGAUUUACACCAAUUACUGUAUAGAGCACACGCCGGGUAGUAACUGGUUAGCUCACCUGUGCGUGCCCCCGCCCUCCGUCCCCACCUGCUGCCCCCCCGGCCACGUGCAGGCGAAGAACGGCUCGUGCUUCGCCCGCGGGGAGGGCGCCUUCUCGCCGCCCGUGCUCGUCGAGACGGAAGUCAAGUUCUGGGACGCGAAGGAGGUCGGGCCCCACGAGGUCGUCUGUCCCGACAAGUGGGACAAGCUGCGCCUGCCGCUGGACGACAAGAACGUUAGUCUUCUGUACCAGUCCGGCGUGACGCUCCUGAGGUGGCAGCCGCCCACGAUUCAGAUGCAGUAUCCAAAGAAAUACUGCGUGGCGAUGGACGCGGAGUCGCAGGGCGGCGCCCCGCAGUACGUAGCCAACCUGUGCUUCCUGGACCCUCUCGUGGACCACAGGGAGACGUGCAAGAACAACACCUGCGUGCGGAAGUGCUGCCCCCUGGACGAGUACCACGGGGACACGUGUUUGCCCGCCUUUGAGGAGAAGCAGAAGUGGAAGCCCGUCUUCUACGAGCACCGCGGGAACGACGUCGUGCAAGCCGUGGACUUCACGGGGGAAGGGAUGACGUAUGUGAUGGGCUAUCCCCUGUGCAAGGAGUACUUCCUCAUGGAACCUCACAAAAUAGGAAGCGACGUCUUCCACCUCAUGACCGACGGCACCCUGUACGUCCCGGUGUUCAAGCAGCACUUCCCGCCCGACCGCUACUGCAUGGACAACUUCGUGGACCCCGAAGACCACGAGAUCCGCAUGCAGCCGCUCGUCUGCUUCCACGAAGAGGCCGUCGAGAGCAAAGCCUGCGCCGCCAUGCAGUCGUACCUCUACCCGAUCCUUCUGCUGGUGUCCUGCGUGUUCCUGGGGAUCACGCUGCUGGUGUACGUCAGCGUCCCGGAACUCCACGCCAAAGUCCACGGGAAGUGCCUGGUCUCGCACGUGUCGGCGCUGUUGCUCGCGUACUGCAGCCUCAUCACCGUGCAGUGGGCCACCAACACCCUGCCCUCCGUCGCCUGCAAGAUCAUGGCGUCUCUCACCCAUGUGAGUUUCCUGGCGGCCUUCUUCUGGCUCAACGUCAUGUGCUUCGACAUCUGGUGGACGCUCAAAUCCAUGCGGCCCGUGGCAGAGUCCGGCGAACGGUCGAGGUUCCGCUUCAAGAUGUACUCUCUGUACUCGUGGGGCUGCCCGCUGCUCAUCUCCAUCGCCUCCCUCAUCGUGCAGGAGCUGCCCGACGACCUCGGGGUCAAUCAAAAAAUAAGGGAAUGCUGGUUCGAUAAAAAUAUAUCGCUCUGGGCCUAUUUCUACGGGUUUGUGUUGACGCUUGUGGUGGCCAACAUUAUUUUCUUCUGUCAAGUGGCUUAUAUUCUUGUCAUGGCCCAAAAUGACCCAAUCCUACAGAGAACUCGCCAGCAGAACAGGGAGAGAAUGUGGCUCUACGUGAAGCUGUUUCUUGUGAUGGGAAUAACUUGGAUUGCCGAAGUUGUAUCGUGGCAGGAAGGAACGUGCGAAGCCUGGGUCUUUACGGACGUGAUCAAUUCUCUCCAGGGAUUUUCCAUUUUCAUUAUAUUCAUCUGUAAGAAGAAUAUGCUGAAGAAGAUUCGCAGCAAGUGGGAUCCCUAUCUCCGGCGCAUGAAGGAAAUGGUUGGAUCAACUCGGCUGUCUCACUCUGGUACGGCCCAUACAUCUCAAGUUCAUUCUUCCUUCAGUUCGACAAGCAACAGACCAAACCAUUCGGCUGCAUCACAGAGGACAGUGCAAAGCCAGAUAUCCAUUGACCCCACAUCAUCAACAAGAAGGCUGUCUGCCAGUUCCCUCUCCCCUGUCACAGGUGUGCAGGUUCACAGCCAGAACAAAAUUGCAAUGAACAUUGCUGAGAGCUCGAAUGAACAAGAAAGUAAUAAUGCUAUUGGGAACUUCCCCACUACUGAUGUCUCAAAUCCUGUGCCACAGAGACUGAGUUCAUCAGGUAGUGGAAAUAACACAGUUGAUGGGACUUCAGUGAUGGUCGCAGGUAUACCAAGUAGCACUGUUAACCCCUCUGAUGUUUCUGUUGAAGAAUCUGGAAAGCCACCUCACCUCAAAGACAUCACUGAAGAACCUAUGCCAGUUACAACAAGGGACAGCAAAAUCUCUAUACCAGAUGAAGAUGAAGGAAAAGAUCAGGGACAUGAAAAUGAAGUACAAUCUCCUAAUAAACUGACUCAGUCUCUGACACCUAACAGGAUGCAGACACCAGCAAGUGACGCAGUUUAUUUAAGUGAUGAGUCAAAGUGUACAGCAGUAAAUGACUCUAGGUCUCCUGACACGAGGCCUGUUUCAUCGUCAGGGAGCAGUGAUGAAGACCCUAUUACCAUUAAUGGAGAAAUACCUCAGAAGAUUGAGGACGGGGUAUCACAUCCUGUGAAUGAAGCUACUGUUGUGAGAGUAAGUUCUCCAACCCCAGAACUCUCACCAUCUGAGAAGGUUAUUAAAGACCAUGCAGAAAUAAAUGAUUCUGAACUAAAGAGUGAAGAGAAAAAAGAAGGGUCACACAACAUCUUAGGACCUCAUGAGCAUCAAGAAACAAAGGAUCUUAGUCUGUAUGAUUAUGGUGAUGAAGAACCAGUGAAUGUCUGACAAGGUCCCUUGUAAAGACAAUGUACCUGCGAUUUGAUUCAAAUAUCAAAACAUGUACGUGCAAGACAUGUAAUGAAGACAUCCCAUGAACUGAUGUAGAUAAUAGAGAAUUUAGAAAUUGGAAUAAAAAAGAUUGGGAAAAGUUGAAUAUCAUGUAAUAAGUUGAUUAUGCAAGGGUAUAAUCUCCUGAUCUCUGAUUUUUACUGAAAGUGUUAUGAGAAAACAUAGAGAGACUGAAAUCUGAAUGUGGGUGUAUAGCAAGAUGUAUUGACUCUGUAAUCAGAAAUGUUAAUAGAUUUUUAAAAAAGGAUCCUUUCAGUAUAUUAAUGUUGC